AGGAGUCUGUUGAUGAGCGAUCCCGUAGCUGGUAACGCAGCGCCCCCUCCCGACGCUGCGGCCGCCUCCACACCUCCUCCAGAUCCUGCAACUACCCCUGAAGCAAACCUCAUCGACACUAAACUCCUUGCUAAUGAGCUCGUUAAAAACUUGGACGCGCCUGCGGCUGAGAAUCAGAUAACCCCAGCUGCUGAUCCGGGACCUGAAGUGAAGUUUAAAUUAGUUUAUAACAAAACGAACUAUGAGAUAGUCAUGGGGGAAAACAGAACGGUCAGGGAGCUAAAGGAUCACAUAGAGACUCUGACUAAAUUACCAAGAGCCAUGCAGAAGCUUAUGUUUAAAGGUCUAGUGAAAGACGACACGAAGACUUUGAAAGAACUCAAAGUAGUUAAAAAUAGUAAAAUGAUGUGUGUCGGCACUACAAUGUCAGACCUUGUAGCUGUCACUACUAAACCCAGCUCAUCAGAAAUAGUCGCAAAUACCUCAUCAGUCACUAAGAAGGAGCCUCUUAGUAAACAAAAGAUCCACCAGAAAGUAUUAGACAAAGGAAAACCGGAGGAUGCCAUGCCUGGGAUUAUCGGGGUGAAACAACCGCUACCUUCACAUCCCCUCAACGGUAUGGUCAACAAAACUGGGGGCAAAGUCAGACUUACCUUUAAACUUGAAGAGGAUUCAUUGUGGAUCGGAACUAAAGCACGGACGGAGAAGAUUAGUAUGAGUAGCAUUAGAAACGUUGUCAGUGAAAAGAUUGAAGCUAACCCUGAGUACUACAUACUGGGUAUACAGCUGGGACCGACCGAAUUGUCAAUCUACUGGAUCUACUGGAUUCCCGCCCAAUACGUGGACGCUGUCAAGGACACCAUUUUGGGAAAAUGGCAGACAUUUUUUUAGAUUUUCUUAUUUUCGGCAAAUGCUUUUUAACCCUAGUUAUUUGGUUCAAUCGAGACGGUUUUGCACAUUCCGUGCUAUACGGUCAAACGCUUUUUCUUUAGCUUUCAAAGUUAAGUCACUCAAUUAGUUUCACAAUUUUAUGUGGGUCAACGUUCGCGAUUAUUUCGAUAAAGUUUUAUUAUGAAUUAUGUAACUUAUUUAUAGAAGACAAGAAAUCGGUAUCA